GUUUGUUGCAAGUCGCAAAGGUUUGCGCCGCCUGCCGGGCGUCGUCGGCUCAUCGCCGUCGGCGGUAGGCUUCUGCCUCCCCCGUCUCGAUACCUCUCCUUCGGCGAAGACUCGCAGGGAGGUCCCCACUUCAUCACCUCCGUUUCCUACCGGAAAAGGCAACUUCUGUCGGCCAUCUCAGUACUUUUUUUGGAAGAUGGAUCCAGAAGACUCUAGUGACUUUGAAGAGGAGGACGACGAAGAAGAAGAUGAUGACUUAAUGAUAUUCAUAUUGCCAGCGCUAUAUCUAGCAUCUACUGGAAUUGGAACUCUGGAUCAAACAUCUAUGGUUAGUGAUGGUACUGCGAUUGAAACUCCAAGUCAAGUAUCAAAGUUUAACGAUGCAGAAAGGAUUUGUAAAGUGCUUGAAGAUGACAGAGGCCAAGGCUAUGAUAAACUUCGUGUGGAGCCCCAUGUUCUCCUCGAACUUUCACGCUAUCUGAGGUCAAAUGAUCUUUUGAAAAAUACCAGAGGUGUUUCUGUAGAAGAGAAAAUUGGCAUGUUUAUUUACAUGCUAUCCCGAAAUGCUAGUUUUCAGAAACUAAGUGACAGAUUCAAGUACAGUACAGAAACUAUUCACAGGCAUAUCAAAGCAUGCUUUGAUGCAGUCACACCAAUGACUGGUGAAUUCGUCAGGCCACCUUCAAUUCAAGCCCACCGGAAAAUAUCAUCUGAUACACGUUAUGGGCCUUACUUUGAGAACUGUAUUGGAGCAAUUGAUGGAAUCCAUGUCCCUAUGACAAUAUCGGACAGUGAAGCAGCUCCAUACCGAAAUAGACAAGAAUCCCUUUCCCAAAACGUGAUGCUUGCUUGUGAUUUUGAUUUGAAUUUUGUCCAUGUUUCUUGUAGCCGAGAAGGGUCUGCAUCUGACGCAGCAGUCUUAUACUCUGCUAUAGAAUAUGGAUUUGAAGUCCCAAGAGGAAAGUUCUACCUGGUUGAUGGGGGUUAUGCGAACACGCCAUCUUUUCUUGCUCCUUUUAGUGAAGUUUCUUACCAUGCUGAAGAGCAAGAUGAGAGCAAUUUCCAACCAAUAGACUAUAGGGAGCUUUUCAAUCUUCGCCAUGCACAGCUGUACAGACAUAUCAAGCGUGCUGUAGGCCUACUGAAGAUGCGGUUUCCAAUUCUAAAUGUCGCAACAUCAUACCGAAAAGACACUCAACUGAAAAUUCCUUCAGCGGCAGUUGUUAUGCAUAACAUAAUUCAGAGACAAGGAGGUAGUGAAGAGUUGUUAUGUGAGCAAACAAUUCCAUUUGCGUCCCGUAAAACAGUGAAUCUUCCUAGUGGUGAUGACACGUAUGGUUAUGAUGUUUCAGCUUUCAACAGUGAAUGCGACAUGGGUAAUGCUUUGAGAGAUGGUAUUGCACUGAGGAUGUGGGCAGAUUAUGAAAGUAGUAUGUAUGUCUGAUUUCAGAAUAGAACAGGCUGGCCUUAAAGAAUAUUGAGGCAAGUAGAGGACAGCUUACUUUUAUGCUGCACAUAGGUGUUUGUCGUUGCAUGCUGCAUAUGCUUUUUACGACAUCCAGAUCCUUGCUUUUGAUGCAUUUCAGAUGUGAUUAUUCAAGUUUUCAACCAGUAAUGUUUUGCAGUUUGUACCGAGUUGAUUCCCACCUUAAGUUGGCUGCUUCAUAUCCUGCAUCUGUUAACCAAACUAGAUGUCUGAAAUAUAUGUAAAUGGGAGAGCUUGAUUAAGAGAUUUG